AUGAAUUCUGGAGAUUACAACUCCAUAAAUCUUGAUGAAGUUGAAUUCGUCAUCGACGAAACACAAAGUGAUCCAUUCCAGGAUCAUAGUUCAUAUGUAGAGUUUGAAGACAUUUCAACCGAUUUCGGUAAUCCGGAAGGAGGUUUUGCUAGUAGAGAGGACAUGGAUGCUCAUGUAAGAUAUGUUGCUGGCUUGAGGAACGUUACUUUGGCAAUUCGUGAUUCGAAGGGAAAAGACGGCCGACGGCCCAAAGUUCGAUAUUUAUGUAGCCAAGGUGGCGGAUACAGACCAAAAAAGGUUACUGGAACUAGGUCCACUAAAACGACAAAAAAUAAUUGUCCAUUUUGGUUGGACGGAAUGGAGUACCCUGGAGGGCGCUGGUACUUUGAAGUCCGGGAGGGGAGACACAACCAUCCAUUCCCGUCUCAUGCUGUGGGAUCUCGUUUAGGGCUGAUCCGGAGAACAAAUCGUGUACAAGUUUACAAUGCUGUCAGUAAGGUGCGUGCCCAGAAAAGAGAAGGUCGGACCCCGAUGAAUAAUUUCAUCCAUUUACUCAGGCAAUUGAACUACAUGUACGACGUUCGGACUGCUGAUGAAUCUUCCGAACUUGGAGAUAUUGUUUUCUGCCACCCGGCUUCUUUUGUGAUGGUGAAUGCAUAUCCGGAAGUCAUGAUGAUUGAUUGUACGUACAAUACCAAUGAGUAUGACAUGCCUCUACUAGAAGUGGUCGGUGCAACAACACAUUACUCGAAUUGGGGAGCAUUGCUGAACUACUGCAUUGACACAUGGAUUAGUCCGCAUUCCCAAAAAAUCCUGUCAGCUUACAUCGACCAUUAUUUUCACUUCGGAAGCUACACAACAAAUAGGGUCGAAGGAGAACAUCAUCGCGUCAAACGACAUUUAGAUGGUGGUCGGUACCCAUUCGAUACCGUACUGGAGAAACUUCACAAGGUGAUGGAAGGCCAAAUCUGUGAGAUUAAGAAAGUAGCGAGAGUUAACGCUACUAAAUCCAACACAGACACCCUUGGAGAUACGUUGUUUGUUAAUCUGAACAGAUCAAUCACGUUUAAAGCAUUCGGCCUCAUAAGGAAAGAAAUGCAAGUUUUACAAGAAAUGGGUCAGGAUCCAACAACGUGUGGUUGCUACCUAAGGAGAACUCAUGGUCUACCGUGCGCACAUGAGCUUCAGUACUACAUCAUAAAUGGGUAUAGCAUUCCGUUGGAUCAAAUACAUGAUUAUUGGAAAAAGUUAGAUAUUCAGUUUCCAAUAUUUCCUAAUGAUGCCGCGGAUGGAUCCCCGACUCCACCAAAUCCAGUGAGGAGGGCGUUGUUCGAAGAAGUCCCUGAUAUUACUGCACCUCCUACUGCUAAAAAGAAAACCAAGGGUAAAAAGCUCUCUAGUCUCCGUGUACCUUCGGCGUGGGAGAGGGUUGUGAAACAGUACGGAUUUAAAAAGUCUCCAAACAAAAAGGGCCCUGGACGUGUUGCUUCUAUCUCUGAAUCACAGGGGAGUCCAAUGAGCACAUCCCAACGUACGGGGCCACCAGUAUCACCAUCUUCUCCAAAUCCUCCGUGCUCAAGGCCUCCAAUGUCAACCCCUUCUUCCAAAGGCACCACGUUCAUCUUUAAGAAUUCUGUAUUUGAGAGAGAAUUCCCGCCCUACAUUAGAAAAUACAUAGAUCAAUGCACAGAUGUAGCGGCAGACGGAAAUUGUGGAUUUAGAGCGGUGGCUCUAGCAAUUUACGGAACAGAAGAUGAUUGGGUUAAAGUUAGACAAGACUUAGUAGCAGAUCUACAGAAUAGAAGCGCCUUGUACGCUCGAAUCUUAGGUGGGAGGAGUGCGAGGAGUUCUAAUGUGACUAAUCUCAUCCAAUCGAUUGCUCACUACCAUGGACCAGCGGAUGAUGAUUACUGGAUGGCGGUACCGGAUUGCGGUCACGUAAUUGCAACAACAUAUAAUGUUGUUUUCAUGACAUUCAGUGAACAUGGAGGAAAUACUUGUCUGCCAGCGAUAUUAGAUGAAACACAAGGACCUCCAACCCGAAAGGUGGUGUGCGGACAUCUUAGCAAUGAUCAUUGGAUUUUGUUGCAUAUGAAACCAGGGGAUCAUCCGGUACCACCCAUAGCAUUUUACUGGAACGACCAUCACGACAAAUCUGCAGAUGGUUUAGAUGCACAAUUUGCAUUCUCGAUCGGUCACUUUAACCGUCUCCACAAUGAAGAUGGAGAACGUCGAGCAGCAACAAGAAGAAGAAAGAACAAUUAAUUAGGAUCGAAAAAACAAUUGAUGUAUUUCGUUGAGUAGAUUAAUACUUUGAUUUUCUAAUAAAUUUUAUUAUUAUCCUUCA